CCUUAUACUCACUUGCAUGCGCAUACACAUAAGAGUCUGCCUGAACACGUCCAGGGGGAUGAAUCCAGCAGAAGAGUGUUAUUUCUUUCACCUCUUCUGAGUGUGUGUGUGUGUGUGUGUGUGUGUGUGGUGUCCUCAGAGGGUUGUGUGUGUGUGUCUGCUCUUGACCGGGAGCUAAAAUGGUGAUUAUAGACUGGAGAGACUAGGUGUGGCGAGUUGGGGCGGCGUCAAAGGCUUUUGUCUGUAGUUCCUGUACAGCCCACCAACCAGGAGGGAGGAGGUCCAGCCGUGUCUAUCAAGAGUGUGUGUCCUGGAGCCAUGCUCAGUCUGGGCUUGAAAGAGCCGCCACUGCCGCUGCUGCUGCUGCUGUGUGGAGCUCAACCACUCUCACGCCAAGACUCCAGCCACAGGGAAUCAGACGAGCACAAGUUCAAGAGGCUCAGGACCUUUGUUGUCGGCUUCAAGAAGUGAAGGAAGAGCUGUUGGAGCAUAUCUGUGUUUUCUUCUUCUUCUUCUUGCAACACAUGGCAGAGAUUUUCUUCAGGGGAACCUAAACUUCUGUGGAGUGCAAGUGAAGAGGCUUUCUUUUUCUGUUCUGGGGGAUUUGUUUUAUUAAAAGCGACCGCUCUGAUUAUCGUUCACAUUUUAAAGGAUGAGCUCUCGAUGACAAAACCGCUUGGAAUAUGGGAUUUUUAACAUUUGCCUUGGACCAUGGGGACGUGCAACUCUGCGUUUGUGCUCAGCUCUGGGUGAUUUUGAUGACCCUUGCAGGUAAAAUCUUUCCCACCAGCUCCGAUGCGCUCCUCAGUUCCUCGGCGAUGACGGCCAGUCCCUCGCCGCCAAACGUCUACCUGCCUGCCAACUUCAAAAUGUCCAAUGCGCAGCUGGCUUUCUUCCUGCGGGAGGCCCAGAUCACAGGGCAGACGGUCGGUGGGGGCGGUAAGAGCGGCAGCAGUGGCCCCAGCACCGGACACCCACUGCAGCGAGCUGAGAGUUUUGUGGUUUUCCAGACAAAAGACCUCCCUGCCAUCAACAUAAGCUUUGGGCCUUUUGCCCGGGACCAGGCUCUGUCCAAGGAGCUGCUGCAACCAGCUAGUCCGCUGGAUAUUCCCGGCCAGCUGACAGUCAACUGGAAGGUCCGCGCCUUCAUUGUCCAGGCCCGGGUGUUUUCCAACAACCCUGCGGUCCAGGUGUUUUUCUACAUCGCUGGCCGCGACUGGGACGACUUCAAGGCUCAGGACAAGCUUCCCUGUGUCCGUCUGCAUGCCUUCAGGGAUGUCCGUGAAAUUAAAACCUCCUGUCGCAUGAAAGGCAACCUGGCGCAGUGCUUGGCCCAGCUGGAUCUGCCUCUGUCCUGGUUUAACACCAACGUGGCUCCACUGGGCCGCAGGAAAGGCUCCGGCGACGGGCUCCUGGAUGGGCUGACGAGUGAGACUUUGCAGGCCGAGCUCUACUACACGCUCCAUGAGCCCAAUCUUGAAGGGGAGUGCAGCGAGGGUUCAGGUUACAGGACUGGUGGUGGUGCUUCCAGGGGAGAACCUUUGUCACAGCACCCCCUGCUGCGCAUUGGGAGCAUCAGCCUGUACCAGGCCAGUCAGGAGCAGCAGCUGGUGGACAAGCAGCUGGACAAAAACAUGUUCCUCAGGCUGCCCGAGAAACCGCUGAAACCCGGGGAGACGCUCACCAUCUUCCUCUACUUGAUGCCCAACUCCACUGUGGAGCAGUUCAGCCUCAAGGUCAAAGCAAAGAAAGGGGUGAACCUGCUCCAGACUCAGUCGAAGAACGCUCAGUGGAAGGUGGACUGGGAGGUGCAGUCCGGCGCCAAACACUCCAUUACCACCAUCGAGGUGAACAAGAACAAAGCAAUCAAACAAGGGGACGUGCUGGGCAACGUGGAGGUGAUGCAGCUGGAUUUCGAGAUGGAGAACUUCACCAGCCUCUCAGUGACGAGGAGGAUCAACUGGAACAUCGACUACAAGGGCCAGAGCCCGACCCCCGACUCUGAGAAGGUGGUGACGGAGUUGACAGUUGUGCAGCGGGACAUUCAGGCCAUCAUCCCUUUGGCCAUGGACACAGAGAUUAUCAACACGGCCAUUCUGACCGGACGCACCGUGGCCAUCCCUGUGAAAAUGGUCUCCAUAGAGAUGAACGGGGCGGUCACUGACGUCUCCGCCUCUGUGCAGUGCAAGUCCUCAAAUGAAGACAUUGUGAAGGUGUCCAUGAAUUGCGACUACGUGUUCGUCAACGGGAAGGAGACGCGGGGAUCCAUGAACGCCAGGGUCAUCUUCAGCUACGAGCAUCUGAGCGCGCCGCUGGAGCUGACGGUGUGGGUGCCCAAGCUUCCUCUACAAGUGGAGCUGUCUGAUAACAAUCUCAGCUUCAUCAAAGGUUGGAGGGUUCCAAUCCUGCCUGACCGGAGAAGCACCAGAGACAGCGACGCGGACGACGAGGACGACGAGCGCCGCGUGAGUCGGGGCUGCACGCUACAGUUCCAGCGAUCCCUCGUCAAGGUCCUGACCCAGUUCCACACCACUUCCACAGAGGGAACCGACCAGGUCAUUACAAUGCUGGGGCCCGACUGGCAGGUGGACGUCACCGACCUGGUCCAGGACUCGCUUAAAGUGGCUGACCCCAGGAUUGCGGAGUUGGUGGACCGGACCGUCCUGGUGGGCCUGGAGCUGGGAUCCACCGCACUGAAGGUGAGUAGUGUCUUGGCCGUGGACGCGGUGCUCACCACACUCGGAGAGUCGGCGUUCUCCGUCACGGACGAAAAGGUUUCCAUCACAGAGCUGAGGGUUCACACCGUCGCAGGUCUGACGCUGUCGCUGCAGCCGAGCCCCGGCAACAGCCACACUAUGGUUGCCAAGGCAACGGGCAUCCAGACUCUCACCACUCCAAAACAGGAGGCCAGCUUCUCCAUCUGGAUGUUUUUCAGCGACAACACGGCCGCCACUCUGACUUACUUUGAUCCCAAAGACUACAACCUCAACGCCUCCACGCUGGACGACAAGGUGGUGUCGGUGUCGCAGGAGCCUCAGCAACGCUGGCCCGUGGUGGUGGCAGAGGGCGAAGGAUCCGGUGAGACGGUACGCGUGGAGAUGACCAUCUGCGAGGCCUGCCAGAAGACCAAGCGCAAAAGUGUCAUUGCGUCCGCGGCGGUGUACGUCAAGGUCCGCUUUGGCCCGGAGGAGGACUCUGAGGAAGAGGUCACCACAGAGGGAGAAAUUGAGCUGGCACCCGUUACCAGGCGUCCAAUCAUUGAUCCCAACAUCGACGGAAGAGUUUAUGAGACGUCUAACGAGCAGCCUGCUAGUGUUCCCAUCGAUUACACCAAUUUCCCCACAAUUAGCAACGAGGAGCAGCCGACUGAGAGUGAUGAAGAGGAGGAGGACAACUUUGUGCACUCGCCACGCAACAUGACCGACCUGGAGAUCGGGAUGUACGCUCUGUUGGGCGUCUUCUGUUUGGCCAUCUUGGUCUUUCUCAUCAACUGCAUCGUCUUUGUGCUGAAAUACCGCCACAAGCGGAUCCCGCCCGAGGGUCAGGCCAACAUGGACCACUCCCACCACUGGGUGUUCCUGGGAAACGGCCAGCCCCUGAGGGCCCAGUGUGAUCUGUCCCCGCAGCAGAUAGAAAGCCCCAGUAACCCUCUGGAGGGCGUACAGACUUGUUGCCAUGGGGACCACCACAGCAGUGGCAGCUCCCAGACGAGCGUUCAGAGCCAGGUGCACGGACGGGGCGACGGCAGCUCCGGAGGCUCGACGAAGGAGAAUGGCGAGGACGCCAGUUCACCCACCUCCAAGCGCAAGAGAGUGAAGUUCACCACCUUUACCACGCUGCCCACAGAGGAGCUGCCCUACAACUCCAUCCCCAUCGCAGAUGAGGAGGACAUUCAGUGGGUUUGCCAGGAUAUGGGCUUUCAAGACCCAGAGGAACUGCACGAUUACAUGCGCAGAAUAAAAGAAAUAGCCUGAGAUAAGAAGCUCUUCGGCUUUCUAAAGAAACCUUCCUUUCUAUUUUUCUCUUUUUCACCUGCGUGAAAGAUGAAUUCUUUCACAAACUAGAAAGGCCAACUGUCGUUUUGGUUCAGGUUUGUUCCAUUUAGUUUGCACAGUGCUGUGAUCACAUACACACUCACACUGCGGAGAGCGGAGGAAGCCAAAGACCUUGACCAGAGGAUCUCACUCACGAGCGGAAUCUGUAAAUUAUGGCCAUUAUAGGAAAUUCACUGGGAAGCUGCGCCAUGGCGACGCGUGAGAGCUGCUCCGGGAUCUGAUUUUAGAGAACGCCUGAUAUAGACAUAUGGAGUGUGGAGGAACGUAUGGCUUUGGACGUAUUUUUGGCUCACUAGGACUCUGCAGUACUGUACCGACGCCAAACUAAGAGGCCUUUGAUGAACAAAAAAAAACUGUCAAAGACUCCAGUGAAAUGUGUUUGUUUGAAAUCAUUUUUUUUUCUUUCUUUUUUGCCAAAGUAGGAAAAAAAAAAGAGUUUGUUUUGGGGUUUUUUUGGGGGGCAAAACUUCUUUCAUUGUUGUUCUUGGUGCAGCACACUCAUGAUUUGUACUCAUUCCUUGCAUUCGUCCACAUUUCACAGACAGUCAACAAACAGUGGCCCCCACCACCACCCUCCCUCCUGUUCCCGAACAAGUCUAACGCCUUAUCAAAGCGGUCACAGUUCACUUGAGCGGACGACUUUUCCCUCACUGUUGCUAGAGUCAGUGUAGUAACCACGUGAAAACACGACCGCUGAUCUCCAGCAUGGGGCAUCAAUAGAAAAGAGCUUGUGUAUCGCGGG